CAGAUGCUUUAAUGAUAAUCAAUGUCACUUCUCAUCCUUAUAAUUAUAUCUUAUACCAAAAAUAAACUUUUUUUCUUUUUUUUGUUUUUCGUCAGUGCCCUCAGGUUUGUCCGAAAGCGCUCCCGCGUUGGAAAUGAUAUCUCAUUACGGGCCGAUAAUUGCCGUGAUUCAGUUAAUUGCGACGAGCUCAAGGUGUUAAGCAAUUAUACGGAUUCCCACAGGCGGAGUAAAAGGUGUCCGCUUCGCCUCUGCGGAGCAACACCGCUGAUGAGGCAGCCGCCAAUUAUAGCCACCAGACAUGCCCCCCCCUCCCACCCAUGGGUCCCAUCCUUUUUGUCGCUCCUACAUGGGCUUUUUUUUUUUUUUUUGGUGUCAACUUCGUUACCCGACCACUUCCUCAUUUCUUAAAUGGUUCAGCUGGCAGAGCUCACUGCUGCUGAUACAAGCUGCCAGAUUAAUUUUUCUUCUUCCAUAUUGGUCACACCAAUAACAACCACCAAAUAGCAAUGUCACCCUCAGACGUGUGGUCUGACAUUUCCUUUUUUUUCUUCACAAAUAGUUGAAUGACGGGCGUUUUAUCUUUAAUUUGUGGCGAUAACGGCCCGGAACGUAUUAUUAAUAUUCGUAUGAAUGACAUUAUAUUCAGAAAAUUAAGUUUGUAGCAGCUAACUUUUAGGGUGGAAUCUCUGAACGUCAUGUGUGUCUCUCUUGGUUAGAUUCCAGUCAAGACUACACAGAUUCAACUGGGAUAGAUCUCCACGAGUUCCUGGUCAACACGCUGAAGGGCAACCCCAGGGAUCGAAUCAUGCUACUGAAGUUGGAACAGGACAUCUUGGACUUCAUCAGCAAUAAUGAAAGCCAUAAGAGAAAGUUCCCACCCAUGACGUCCUACCACAGGAUGCUGCUCCACCGAGUGGCCGCCUACUUCGGCAUGGACCACAACGUGGACCCCAGUGGGAAGUCGGUGGUGAUCAACAAAACCACCAACACUAGAAUACCCGAUCAGAAAUUCUCGGAGCACAUCAAGGACGACAGGGCGGACGAUUUUCAGAAACGCUACAUUCUCAAACGAGACAACUCCAGCUUUGAUCGCGAAGACAGCUCGAUUCGAAUGCGUUUAAAAGCUGACAAGAGGAGCAAAUCGAUGGAGGAGAGGGAGGAGGAGUACCAGCGAGCCAGAGAAAGGAUAUUCGCACAUGAUGGAGAUCACUUCAUACUAGAUCGGAGCGCUCAGGAUGAAGGCGCAUGCAUGAGCACCCAACAGAGGCGGCAAAUGUUCAGGUUACGGGCCGGCCGGUCGGGUGCCAGCCGCCAGAGCAGCUCCGAGACGGAGCCGCGGCACGGCGAGCCGCGGCCGUGGAGCAGCACCGACAGCUCGGACAGCUCCAACCGGCUUGCCCCGCGGCCCGCCAUCACCAAGGCCAGCAGCUUCAGCGGCAUCUCCCCCGCCCUCGUGCGGGGGGACAGCACGGCCAGCAGCAAGAGCACCGGGAGGCUCUCCAAGACAGGCUCGGAAUCGUGCAGCAGCGUCGGCUCUUCGUCCAGCUCACUGUCCCGUCCCCAGUUGCCUCUCCCGGUCUCGGCACCGUCCUGGUCCAGCAUCCCCAGCGCCCCCUUGAUCCACCCGGCCACCGACACCCGAGGCUCCGGGCGCCCUGAGGUGAUCAAGAGCGUCCCGCCGCAGCCCCAGUCGGCCGCAGACGCCACCAGCUAUUACGUGUUGCCGCUGGAGGCCUCAGGGAUCCCGCCCGGCAGCGUUCUGGUCAACCCGCACACAGGCAAGCCUUUCAUCCACCCCGACGGCAGUGCAGUAGUUUAUAACCCGGCCUCUGUGGCCCUCGCCGCUGGCAGGAACCCACAGCAGGGCAAAACCCCGCAGCAGCCGGCCAAUCACCUCCACUCCCAGCCGAUCUGUCCUCCUCUCCAGCUGUCCUCUGAGCCUGUUAACAACCCAACGGUCUCGUAUUCUCUUCCUCCUCUUCCUCCUCCUCAGUUCCUGCCCGUCUGUCCUAACCAACAGUACACUGUGCCCGACGCGCUCAACGCCCAGUUCAGUCACAUGACUCUGGCGCAGCAGCCGCCCAGCAACGGCGGGGCCUCGGCGGCGGACGCCCGCCACUAUCCCGCCAUGUACCACCACCACCACCACGCCUCCCCCAUGGUGCUGCAGGGAGCACAGCAGCAACAGCAGCAGCACCAGCAGGUUGCUAGCUACAUGGUGGCGGGGCCGUCGGGGGGACACCCGGGGUUGCUGCAGGGUCAGCCCGUCCCGCUCCCAACCCCGGGCCCCAGCCACGUGUACCCCAGCUCCACGCCGGGCCCCGCCGCUUUCCCGGGGUCCGCGCUGAACCAGCAGCUGCUCCAGCAGCACGCCUACAUCCAACAGCCUGUCCAGCAGAUGUCGGCAUGCUACUGCUCGUCGGCCCACCACCCACACUGCUCCGGCCAGCAGCAGCACUACCGGCCCCCCGUCAACCCGCUGCCCUACAACUGCCCUCAGAGCCAAAGCCUGCCCCAGCAACAAGUGCACCAAGCCAUGAUGCCCAACCCGGCGUCCAGCUACCAGGCCAUAGUGGGCAUGCAGCCGACGUCCAGCCUGGCUCUCACCGGCAACCAGCAAAGCAAUAUGGGCAACCAGAUGCAAGGCAUGAUGGUCCAGUACAAUCCAAUGCAGUCCUAUCAGCAGGUUUCUGUGCCACAGCAGACGUACCAGCAGCCAGUGUUUGUGUCCUGUCAGCCGGGACAGGGGGCGGUGGCCGUGGCCGGCAUGCAGCCCUGCUACAGCCUGCUCCCCCCGAACCAGCACACCACCAUGAGCUCCACGGUGAGUUUCCUGCCCGCCCAGAUGAUGGAGCAGCUCCAGUUUUCUCAGACCUCGUCCCCCUGCGUCUCCCAGCAGCACCCAGGCCAGCAGUAUGCAGGGUUGUUACCCCCGGCCCCCGGCGGCGGCAUGGUGAUGCUGCAAAUGACGGCGCCCUCCUGCCAGCAGCCCCGAGCCCCCUCCCCCUGCCAGCGGAAACAGCCUGGCCACAAACACCCGGGCAACGAGCACCAGCGCAGCCGCAGGCCCGCUGAGCUCCCCGCGCCUCCAGACAGCACCCAGAGCAGCCUGCCCUUGUCCCCGGCACUCGCUCCCUCGCCAGGCCAGCCACCCAGCUUCAAGGGCCUCCCAUCAGGCAUCUCGUCCAUCCCUGUCAUGGCGCGCCACCCGCACCACCACCACCCGCCGCUCCCUACAGCCUUCUACCACAGUGGACAAGGUGAAGCACACUACUCUCUACUGGGCCAACCUCUGCAGUACAAACCCUCCAUCAGACCUCCGCUGAUCCACACCGCACACAUAGUGGCCAAACACCAGGGUCCACUGGGGGUUUGGCGUAGCGGUCAUGGGAGGAAGGCCAGCAGAAAACCUCUGUCUUCAGAUCUCAGUGUAGGUGAAGCAGUGAGCAGUCAGAUCCUGGAAGUAACGGGUCCUCCGGAGGGGAUCGGCUGCACAGACUCCCACCACCUCCUGGCAGAGCUCUGCAGAGGGGGCCAAUUGAUCCAGCGGUUGUCGGACCAUCAGCCCCGGCUGCACGGCGUGGCGGCCAGAGACGCUCCCGGCGGACGCCUGGCCUCGUCAUACUCCAUCUUCGCCAUGCUACCCCCCAGACACGCUGCCCCGAGCGCCACGCUCCACCACGGCGGACCCCAGGCCGCCUUCGAACUCCGAACUAGCGCCGGACACAACGGGGAGCCGUGUGGCCUCGGACAAGGUCUGGCUCAUAGCUGCUAAAACAUCUCGGGGCGUCUUAAAGGAGCACCACGCAAACGCACAUCCAACCACCUGCCUCUGCUGCCUCGGUCUGGACCACCUCGGUUCAAGUCCCAGACUCUGUCCAAAUAAAAAAAAAAAUCAAAUGUUUGAAGAAUGAACGUUCACUUUUAUUUUAUUUUAUUUUAGUUAAUUUUAUCAUUUUUCUGGCCAACGGGGCCCCGAGUUUGGUUUUAUUUGUGAAAAGCGGCCGCUGAGCUGGCCCCUUCUCUAUCCUUAAAAAAAAAAAAAAUCUAGUGCUGUUUAGAAAUGAAAGUGUUUGGAGAGCGAGAUUCCACUGUGGCUCUUUCGAUAGCAGGUCUGUGAGCAUAACUGCACCAUCUCGAGCUAAACGUACACAUAAUCCAGUUCGAGAAUGUUUCUUUUCCCGCUUAAGACAACGUGAAAUUGGGGCCUCCGUACCAUAUCGAACUGAGCAUUCGCAUCAAAGUGUUUUAUUUUUAUUUAGCAUUCAUCAAUAAU